AUGCCCGAACUUCAAACGUACAAGGGUUAUUAUCUUUGGCAUUACGUCCCCUCGAGGGCAGCAGCGGUUAUUUUUCUCUUGCUCUUCCUAGCGGCGACUGCAUAUCACACCUGGAAAAUAUGGAAACUGAAGACCUAUUUCUGCAUUUGCUUUGCCAUUGGGGGCUUCUUUGAGUUCAUAGGUUACUGUGCUCGAACGUCAGCUUAUGACAAGACUGGGCGAAUGAUGCCCUUUUGCAUCCAGAAUGUCUUCAUACUACUCGGCCCUGCCCUCUUCGCUGCCUCGAUUUACAUGGUUUUGGGCCGAAUUAUUACUGCAGUCAAGGGUGAAAGACAUUCACUUAUACCCGUUCGCUGGUUGACCAAGCUCUUUGUCACCGGCGAUGUCUUGUCUUUUUUAAUCCAGGGCGGUGCCGCUGGCAUGAUGAUCUCCAGUGACCUUGCUAGCAUCGGAAAUAAGCUUGUCAUUCUUGGUCUGAUUGUCCAGGUCGCUUUCCUCGGAUUCUUCAUUGUUAGCAUGGUGAUGUUUCAGGUCCGAAUUCAUAGACACCCAACGCACGAGGUCUUUUCUGAAGAUUUACGAUGGAAGUGGCACCUCAAUACCCUGUACCUAGUCAGUCUGUUGAUCAUGGUCCGGUCUAUAUUCAGAGUUGCAGAGUACAUUAUGGGUAAUGAUGGAUACCUGCUACAAAAUGACGACUUGUCCGCGAUCUCCGCCGGUGGAGAGGAGGACUGUCUGUUUUCGGAUGUCCAAGUGCCUCGCAAAAUAUUUAAUAACUGCCAGAAGAAUAGAAGAUUGUUACCUGUUCUUGUUUGGAUUCAUGGCGGAGGCUUUACUGCCGGGUCUAUGACGUCUUUUGGAUCACCUAAGGGCUUGAUUGAUCGCAGCUAA